AACAGCCCGAGCCCGACAGAAGAAGCAGCUCGCUGACGGAGGAAGCCGCGCCGAGUCCCGCGAAGCAAUUUAGAUGUCCAUGAGGAGCCUUGUCUCUCCUCAGCUGGAGCUUAAUGGAGCUGGGAAUAUGGUGAACUGCACCGUUAAAACAGAAGAAAAGAACAAGAGCCACUACAAGUUGACUCAGGGGGAGGCUCCUUGCACAUCACCUGGCUCCAACAGCCCCAGUAAAUCACCCUUGCCACUGGGUGACUUUGUUGAUCCCCCAAUUCUCCCACAGGAAUCUGUAUCUCCAGUGGACAAGGCGUUAGAUUCCAGGAACCCUGUGCUCGAGCCUGCACUUAGCCACCAGGAAAAAUUGGAUUUCAAUAAAAAUCUAAGAGAAGUGAUGCCGACCAUUGAGAAGUUACUGUCCAGUGAAUGGAAAGAGAGACUUCUGGGGAAAAAUCCUAUGGAUUCCAAAGAGGUAAAAGGAACCCAAGAAAGCUUGGCAGAGAAAGAAUUACAGCUGCUGGUCAUGAUUAACCAACUGUCCAUCCUGAGGGACCAGCUGCUGACGGCCCAUUCAGAGCAGAAGAACAUGGCUGCUAUGUUGUUUGAGAAGCAGCAACAACAGAUGGAGCUGGCCAGGCAACAGCAAGAACAGAUUGCCAAGCAACAACAACAACUUAUCCAGCAACAACACAAGAUCAACUUGCUGCAACAGCAGAUCCAGCAGGUCAACAUGCCCUACGUUAUGAUUCCAGCGUUUUCUCCCAACCACCACCCUCUUCCUGUCCCUCCAGAUUCUCAGAUGGCACUUCCUAUCCAGCCAAUUCCAUGUAAGCCAGUGGAAUAUCCUAUGCAGCUGCUUCAUAGUCCUCCUUCAGCACUAAAGAGACCUGCAAGCUCAGGCCACCUACAGAUCCAGGAAUCUUCACAGCCACUCAACUUAACAGCAAAGUCUAAAGGCUCUGAACCCCCCAAUGCCUCCAGCACACCUAAUUUAAAGAUUAGUAGCAGCCAGUCCCUCGGUGGUGUUUCUCGAGAGUUGCAGACCAGCCCUCCCAGCCUUCCUUUGGGGUUCCUUGGAGAGGGAGAUGCUAUAACUAAAGCAAUACAAGAUGCUCAACAACUUCUGCACAACCAAAGCAGAGCUAUAGAUGGUUCUCCAAAUCAUCCAUAUAUUAAGGAUCAUAGCAAUUUGGAUUCUUCACCUGGAAAAGAACAGAUGGACGAGUCAUCUCUUCAGAGAUUGGAUGAGUCUCUACUAACGUGUGAAGGAGAUGGCUCACGACAUUUCCCUGAAUCCAGGAACAACAACCACAUAAAGCGCCCCAUGAAUGCUUUUAUGGUGUGGGCCAAGGAUGAAAGACGUAAAAUUUUGCAAGCUUUCCCAGACAUGCACAAUUCAAGCAUCAGUAAGAUUCUAGGAUCCCGAUGGAAAUCCAUGUCCAAUCAGGAGAAGCAGCCUUAUUAUGAAGAGCAAGCACGGCUGAGUCGCCAGCAUUUAGAGAAGUAUCCCAAUUACAAGUACAAGCCCCGCCCCAAACGCACCUGCAUUGUGGAAGGGAAGCGGCUUCGUGUUGGCGAGUACAAGGCACUGAUGAGGAAUCGGCGCCAGGACGCCAGGCAGGGCUACCUGAUUGCGCCCCAAAGCAGCCAGAUGCUACCUUCCUCUUCGGAUCUCGUGUACCAGCGAUCAGUUGGGAUUCAGCUAGCUCCACCACUGAUGGAUCACUACUUGUCCCAUAGCAUGGAACCAAACAUGCCAGUCAUAGUAAACACAUGUAGUCUGAAGCCAGAAGAAGGGGAUGGGGCAGAGGACAGUCAUUCAAUGCCUGAUGGGGAGAUGUACCACUACAGUGAAGAUGAGGAUUCUGAGGGCGAAGAGAAGAGUGAUGGCGAGCUAGUGGUUCUCACAGACUAAUGUCACAAGAAGCAAGUAUAGAAAAUAUGGACAAGCCUUUGUCCUCUUUCUAACUUGGAACAGUUAAUGGCAUUGGAAGAAACGAGGGGGGAGCUUGUUAAAGCGGAAACAGACAUGGAGCAGAGGAACAAUUCUUUAUGCCACCAUCUGUGAUAUUGGUAGAGUUUAUUUCCCAUCCAUUUAUCUUCUGUGGAAAGGGAGGAAUUUUGUCUUUGACCUGCUGAAUUUACCCCAAGGAAAUUGAAUACGAGUUGACUAUGAAUCUUGUAACAAAUCUGGUAUUUUUUUCCUACUAAAGUCAGAAUUCCUGUUAAGGAUAUCACAAAUCUUCACUGAAGUUAAGGGAACAAAGUUAUUAUGGAGUCAUUAAGGGAUGAAGAAUGAGAAUUGAAAUAUCGAGCCGCAUAUUUCAGAAUCUAUAAUCGUUGAACCCAUCUUCUUAGCAGCGCCGUAUUAAGUGUUAUAUUCUCAGAAAUGAAAAUUUGACUAGAAAAAGCUUCCUCCUUUCAAUCGCAACUGUGUCUAUCUUUUGUGUAGUGUUCAGUUGUGUUGGAGUUAGGGGCAAAUCCUCUGUGGCUGGGUAGUAAUUAUGUCUUUCGUUCAUUUCCUCUUUUUUCUCCUUUCUCCAUAAAGUUGGUAUAAAAGCUUACUUUACCAAUAGCCAAACAGAGACCUCACCUGUUUACAACCUGGCCAGCUGCAUCGGCUUUUACUAGCCACUCAAUCACUACCACUUAAUCAACAUUUGGGGAGUCUUUUCACUUUCCAGAAAUGAAACAUCUGGGUGGAACACUUAUUCCCCCUUCAUUCUGGAUUUCAACUAGUUCUGCCUUUUCCUCAACUCCAACUUCACUUUGUCCUGUGUUUGUUUUGUUCAAUUCCCACUGGGCCUGCCAAUAAAUUCCCAUGGAGCCAUUUUUAGCUCUGGACUUGAAUGAAUAGCAACUGAGGUCUCGAAGGGCCCUCUUUACCCUUGGCAGCCUUGGCCCAACUUAUAAAUUAAGCCAUGGCCUGUUUCCCUCCUACCCUUGUUCGCUUGCCAACGCUCAGUACACAAGGAGAAGAGGACGCCCUGCAACAAUAGAAAGCUGACUUGAUGUUUAAGGGAUAAAAUGUGAAGUUUCUGAGGCAAUCUUUCAAAAAUUGUUUUCCUACAAGGGUAAUAGCUCUUUCAUGCCCACCCACUAGAACACCAAAAGUGCAUAAUGGGAAUUAUAACCCAACAUAUAGGCACCAUGUGAAAGGCACCUUCUUGGAAAAACUGUUCUGAAGCAUCUUCUGUAAAGGAGUAGGAAUUCUUUUAAAUGGAUAGUUUUAUUGAAUUAGUCUAAUGAUGCUGUAAUACACGAUAGGGAACCUGUCUAGGGAACAGCCUUCUAGUUGUUCCGAGUUACGGUUCAUGAGGAAGAUGAUGUUAUAAUUCAGCAACUUCCAAGGGGUUUGUCCACUUUCAUCAUUCUGGCUUAUUGAGCCUCUGGUAGGCUUCAGUAUAUUUGUAAAUUCAUGUUUUCCUUACAUUGAAUUCAACACUCAUAGUUUUCAGUAUAAGUACUUGUUUGCUUAUCAUGCUCAAAUCAUCCAAAUUGAGUGUAUAAUGUAUUUGAGUGGCUUCUUUCAUCUUCUUCUUACUCUUUAUCCUUUAGUGGCAUUCGUGAAAGCAGCAGUCUUGCCCUGGUUUAAAUUAGCUAAGUGUUCUUGGUUAAUGAUACACCAGUGACUACUUCAGCACAUGGAAAGAACAGAGAUGAGAGAGGCACAGAGGAUGUACAGUGUCAUGAUAUACACAUACACAGUUAUGUCUCCGAUGUUUGAAUUAUGUACAUUUGCAUACAUUUUUUGCCCUUGUCCCUUUUAGAUAGUCCUUUAAAUAUUUUUGUACACUUCCAUUGGAUUUAAAUCUCAGCAUGGAAUCUUAUUUACUAAUUUUCAGAAAUUGUAACAUCACUGAGAAACUAAAUUGGGAGUUCUUAAAGUAAACAUGUUAUUCUUCAUUUUUUGACAAGGUCUCCUUUUUAUGUUAGGGUGACCAAGUUUUUUAAUAUAACACACUGAUCUCCAUAAUUUGAGACCAGAUAUGAGAUCAUGGAAGAAAUUUAACAUUGCCCACAUCAUUGUAUCAUGCCCAUUGCAAGAUGAAGCAUAAUACUAUGUGCGAAGGCAGAGAUUGUAAAUGACAAGCCCAUUUAUCAUGGCAGAAAAGUAAGGAUUGAGAAUACCAUACACGCUAUUUGGAUUCACCCUUAGUCUAAUAUUAG